AUGUCAUCAGUAUUAUUACGUGAUUUUGUACUUCAAAUAGCUAUUUGUUCCGAAAGAGCAGCUUGUAUCGCUCGUUAUAUUCGUUUUAUGCAUUCAGAUUUCAACAGCAUUAUUCAAGAGAAACAACUCGAUGAAAACCAUCAACAUCUCGAUGCAGAUUACAAAACUCUAGCUGAUGUUAUCAUUCAGGAAGUCAUAAAACGAGAUCUAUAUCCAAAAUUGGACCAACGUAUCUUUGGCGAAGAGGAUGGAUCUUUAAAGCUACAAUCAAGCGCUGAAAAGAUUAUUAUCGAUGUUACCGGUACCGAUGAAGAUAUUGUUACUCUUCUCAAACAAUUGUUCAAUAAUAAGUCUAGUCGAUCCAUCGAAACAUUAGCUAAUAUUAUUUCUUCGUCUUUCGACAUCACUCUCCCAGAGCACUACCAGCAUUCGCUUCGAAGAAUUCCAGAAGAUUUUUCCAUUGAUUUAUCUAACAUUGGUAUAUGGAUUGAUCCAGUCGAUGGCACACAACAGUAUAUCAAUGGUACAGAUGGAAUUAUCGAUCCACACACGGGCAUUACCAUAGAUGGUCUUCCAACAGCUUUAGUACUCAUUGGUUGUUUUGAUAUUCGACAUGGCAAUGCGAUUAUUGGAGUUAUUAACCGAGCAUUUCACCAACGAAUCGAUGCAUUUAAAUGGAAAAGUUUGAUUUAUUGGGGCACGGCAUUGCCUGAUGGAAAAUUCAAUAAUUUAGAUGAUGUAUGCAAAGAAACUAGAAACAACGAUAAGCAAGUUCUAUUGCAUGGAAGUGUAAACACAAGCAAUAAACUAUUGGCCAUUGCAUUGAAACAAGCAAACGUGUUUCUGGUAACCAAGGCUGCUGCGUAUAAUUGGGAUCUAUGUGCCGCUCAUGCUAUCAUUUUAUCAGUCAAUGGUCAAAUACUUGAUCUGCGUCAAACUUUAGAUUUUUACAAACAAAAUCAAUCUCUGAUGAAUCUCAAUUUAACAGCAUUUCCGAUUGUUUACAAUAAAAAAAUCAGCUCAUCACACUUCAAUCCGAAAGAUUACGCAUGUGCACCUUUUAUCGCUUAUCAUAAUCAACAAGAUUUAGUAGAUAUUCUUCAAUUAUUAGCAUCAGAUAGCAUUGCGUUUGACUGA